UGCGGUCCCGCUGCCCCGGCCCGGUUCGGUUCGGCCCCGCUCCCAUCCCGGUCCGGCCCCGCUCCCCUCCCGCCGAUUUCGCUGCUGCCGUCGUUGCUGUCGCUGCCGCUGCCCCCGGCGUUCCAGGGUGGGAGCUGCCCCUGCAAGAGCCUCGGCUCGGUUCGGCUCGGCUCGGCUCGGCCCGGCCAUGGCGCACUCGGCACCGCUCGGCCUCUUGGAUCAAGGCUGCCCCAUCCAGGUGGAACACGAUCGGAAGCGGCGGCAGUUCACCGUGCGGCUGAACGGUUGCCACGACAAGGCAGUGCUGCUCUAUGAGUAUGUGGGCAAGAGGAUCGUGGACCUGCAGCACACAGAAGUCCCCGACGCCUACCGAGGGCGAGGAAUAGCCAAGCACCUGGCCAAGGCAGCCCUGGAUUUCGUGGUGGAGGAGGACCUGAAAGCUCACCUGACGUGCUGGUACAUUCAGAAAUAUGUCAAGGAGAACCCACUGCCACAGUACCUGGAACACUUGCAGCCUUAAGGCAGGACAGCUCUGACACCAGCACACCUGUCCCUGACUGUUCAACGCGGCCUUUGCUUCCCUGCAGUCUCAGGAAAUCCCUUUCCCACACUCACAACUCCCAUUAUUAUUUUUUUUUUUUUUAUGUGCGUCCACGUGGUGCAUGAGUGUGGGCACCACCUCCUGCUCUCUGCCCACCUGUGAGCAUGGCUACAGCCCCUGGGCCAGGCUGGCUCCAGGCACACGUGGUGCCCCCCGAGUCCUCUUCCCAAGCCAGGCAUAGGAAGAGGAGGAUUUUUCCACCAAACUCCAUUCCAAGACCAGGGGAUGCCUCAUUCUGUGCCUCAUCCUCUUCCCUCCAGUUGGAGACAGCUGUGAACCUGCUGGGGGAUGUUAGUUAGGGGGGGUGCUGCCUUACCAGCCCCCUCUUCCUCCCUGUAGCUGGGAGAGAUGAUGUGGAUGAAGCCUCGUGGGACAGAGGGGGUGCUGGAGAAGCCCCAGCCCUGUGUGAGGUUCAUCUGUUGGACACCAAACUUUGCCCAAGCCCACGCAGGGCACAGGUGAGAACAUUUGGCCCUGGUGGUGCCUCUGGGGCUUUGCUGCACCAGCUGUGGAGACACUGGGACAGUGACACCUUUGAGCCUAGGGACAGGAGCCAUGUGAGGAGCAGGCUGUGGCCACGGGGACUGCAGCAGAGCAUACAGAGCCUGCAGAGUUGGAAAGGUGGCUGAGUCCCCAGAAAUGCCAGCUCCUGCCCAGCCAUCUGUGUCUGCCCCCAGUGUGGCAUCCCCAUGGGGUCAGGAGCCAUCAUUCCUGUCUCUUCUAUCAGCAUCAGCUGUGCUGGUGUGGACACAACCUGCUCAGAAGAACACCAACCAGCCCUGGCCCAAGCAAUGAGGGGACAUCUGUGUUUGCAGGCACCAGGGUAGUUUUCUGCAGCUGAUUAAGAAGAAGGCUCCCCCCAUCUCUUUUGAUUCCAGCCCUGCAUCCCUGUGUGCACCCCAGAUCAUAGGGUCUGAGCCAUCAUCACAGCCUGAGCUCAUCAGUGGUAAGGCCUCCAGGACCUGGUCCUGGCUCAUCUGCAGGGUUUGAUGCAAGAGCCACUGCCUCCACCUGGAUGCUGGUCACUCCCUACAACCUGCAGAAAGAAGCCCUGGCUCAGGGCACUCCUUGUCUGCUCACUGACAUCCUCCCAGCUCCAGGCCCUGAGCUCUGGCAGCCUCUUGGGGUCCUCAUCCAGCAGCAGAAACCUUUGUGUCCUGCUGUUGCCUCUGUGAUGAUGACUCCAUAGCACAGCUCAGUGCUGCAGUGGGAUGUAGAUGGCAGGGCACUGCCUGGCUCUGGAUUUCUGCCUGUCCUGCCUUGCCCAGGCUCUCCAGGGCCUGAGUUAGAUCCCAGAGCAUCUCCCCCUGAGCUCUGGGGUUAUGGUGGUGUCCCAGGGCUGUGGGGAGGCAGAUGGUGCCAGCCCUGAGCAGCUGCUGGGGGCUGCAGCCAGGCAGAACAGAGACAGAGCCUUUACCUGAAUCCAGCCCUAACUGGUCUCUCAUCAGGGACUCAAGUUUACAAUCUCUGCCACGGACUGAAUGAAGCCCCAGCCAAGAGGCAGCUCAGUGGUCUGUGGUGGCAACAGCAAAAGUUCCUACAACCUUCUCUCCUGGCUGGGCUGCUCAGAGAUGGAGACCCCGUGUCUGAUCUCAUCCUGAGCAUUUCCUCCCAGCCACCAGCUGGAGGUGAAGCCCUGCUGCCUGCCUGUGCUCCUGGGCUGCUCACACCACUCACAAGCUGGAGUGAAACCUCCCAAACUCCAUCCCUGCCCUGCCACACUGCAGCCUGCCCAUGUCCUGUGCCUGGCAGCAGCUCCAUCUCCUGCUCGUGUUGCUCAGGAAAGGCACCAGGCUCAGCCCUGCUGCUGCUGCCUUCUGCUUCUGCCCUCUUGCUGCUUGUUUCAGCUUCCCUCUGACCUUCAGGAUAGCACAGAGGGGCUGGGAAAGGGUUGCAGCUGAAGAAAAGGGCUCCAGAAGAAAUCUGGGCUGCUAAAUGUUUAUUCUUUAACAUGCAAAACACACUUCAGAGUCGACUUACAGGAGCAAGGCUGGCUCUGUUACAGCCAAAGCAAUGACAGAACCAUCCCUGCUCUGAUGCCAAGGUGAAGCUGAACCAUCUCCUCUCCUGCAAGCCAAGGAAAGACACCCUUGUAUCUUUGCUGCAGUGGGGCUGGGUGCUUUGUGGGAGCAAUAACUGCAAGCCUUUGCCCUGGUUUUGUGCUCAUUUCCACUGUGUGACAGCUCCAGAAGUUCUGCAGGGCAGCAGCUCGCUGGAGGCUGAGCUGUGGUCACUGCACCACCAGGGUCCCAGUGUCCAAGCCCAGCCCUGGAGCCCUUUGUGCUGCUCUGGCAGGAAUCUGAUGUUUUCUGGCACUGGAUCACAAGUGGCAUUUGCUGCCUUAAAUCAGGCUCUGCACUCAGUUUUGCUGCUGCUUCCUUUCGAGGUGCUACAAUCCCUCUCUGGUGUCUGACCUGAUGGAGAUGGGUGCCAGGGACUGUGCCAACCAUUUCACUGCUGUCCCCAGCCUCUGCCCGGGGGCUUUGAUGUCAGCAAAGAGCAAUACCCUCAGGUCACCAGCAAUGCCACAGUGCCCCUGGGAUCUGUCACUGCCAUCUGGCUCAGCAUCCCUGGGUGUUGGGCAGCCCUCCCUCCUUCUUUCCCCUCUGCCACCCUCCUUUUCCCAACUCCUCUCUGCAGGAAGGAGCUGGGAGUCCUGCACUGCCCCUUGGUGCUGAGGAAGCUUGGAGGAGUCUGGGGAUCAUGGACUCUCUCCAGCCACGGGAGUGUGGAAGUGGUUUGGUUGAAUAUUGAGGUCCCCAAACCCACCUGAACUGCAGACUUUGGUGGGUGGGGAGAUGCAGAUUGCUGCCCAACCUGCUUCCACAUCACCCAACUUGAAAACACCCCCCUCCCUCCUUCCCCUUCCCAGCCUUGUCUUUUCUCUGUCCAAGGUUUCCAUUCUGUUGACUUUGGUGGUUCCAAUGUGCCUUUCCUUCUCAGGACCUGUGACAAAUGACUUUUCUGCUUUUGUUUAUGUCUAACAUUUAUCUUUACCCCUCCCUCUGUCAUACUAUGAAACAUAUUGCAUGGAAUACAAUACAAUAAAAAGUGUGGCUUAACUGAC